GGCCUCGGAUGUGACAGGCAUGACAAUGUCCUGCCUGCGAAGGCACCUCCGCCUCCCUGGCAAGAUCCUGAGCCAACGGAUUGGGAUUCGUAUGACAGUCGGAACGAGUUCGAGGUCGCCGAAUUCCUGUACAAGAGAUGUCAGAUGCCACAGGCUCGGAUCAAUCAGCUCAUGGAUCUUUGGGGGGCAUCUCUGCUCAAACACGAUGACAGCCCACCCUUUGCUGACAAGACUGACCUCGAGAACGUCAUCGACGCAACAACUGUCGGUGGCAUCCCAUGGGAGUCAUUUUCGGUCAACUAUUCGGGAGCCUUGCCCGACGCCGGCAACAUUCCCUCAUGGAUGACUGCGGAGCACGAGGUGUGGUAUAAAUCACCACGUCUUAUUGCUCACCAUAUCAUCGGAAAUACAGACAUUGCAGACGAGAUCGACACGGUCCCCUACCGCGAGUUUGUGCAUGUUGAUGGUGAGCAAAACCCACGGCGCCGUUUUGGGAACUUCAUGUCCGCAAAUUGGCCUUGGGAACAAGCAGACAUCAUAGCUGAAGACGAGAAGAUGCAUGGCACGAUGUUUGCGCCCGUAAUCGUCGGCAGUGACAAGACCACCGUCUCAGUCGCGACAGGUCAGAAUGAGUUUUACCCUCUCUAUAUGUCACUCGGGAACGUCCAUAACAACGUCCGACGCGCCCACCGAGACGCCUUGGUUCUGAUUGGCUUCUUGUCCAUACCAAAGUCAAACCGAGCACACAAGAAGACAAAACAAUUCCUGAAGUUUCGACAACAACUGUUCCAUUCAAGUCUCUCGGCGAUCUUCGACUGCCUACGGCCAUAUAUGGCAGAGCAAUACGACCUUGUCCGUUGUGGCGACGGGUUUUUCCGACGGGUUGUGUACGGUCUCGGUCCAUACAUUGCUGACUAUCCAGAACAAGUACUGGCAGCAUGUAUUGUACAGGGCUGGUGUUCUUUUUGCGACGCCCACCGUUCACAUCUCGGUCCAGGCGCUGAUCGGCGAACUCAGGCAAUCACUGAAGCCCUAAUCGACGCGUUAGACCCACGGAUCCUUUGGGAUGAAUAUGGAAUUGUUCAUGACAUUAUCCCCUUCACGAACGACUUCCCACGUGCGGACAUACAUGAACUACUAUCGGGAGAUCUCCUGCAUCAAGUCAUCAAGGGCUCGUUUAAAGAUCAUCUCGUGACAUGGGUCGGUGAGUAUCUGACUCUACAACAUGGCGAGCCACGUGCGAAGGAGCUCCUUGACGAGAUAGAUCGACGAAUCGCAGCGACGCCUUACUUCCCAGGGCUGCGACGAUUCCACGAGGGGCGCGAAUUCAAACAAUGGACCGGGGAUGAUUCUAAGGCCCUCAUGAAGGUCUACCUCCCAGCUAUCUAUGGUAUUGUACCCGAUGACAUGGUUCGCGCCAUCGGCGCUUUCAUGGAAGUGUGUUACCUCCUUCGACGAUCAAUCCUGGAUGAUACGGAUCUCGUCGCAAUUGAGACUGCGCUCGAGAGAUUCCGGCACUAUCGUCAGAUCUUCCAGGACUCUGGCGUCCGGCCUACAGGGUUUUCACUUCCUCGGAUGCACGCCCUCGAUCACUAUGUACGACACAUACAACAAUUCGGAGCACCCAAUGGCCUAUGCUCAUCCAUGACCGAGGCGAAGCACAUCAAGGCCGUGAAAGAACCGUGGCGCCGAUCAAACCGUCAUCGACCGCUCGGGCAGAUGCUGAUGACCAACCAGCGCCUGGACAAGCUCGCUGCAUCCCGCAGAGAGUUUGAGCGUCGCGGAAUGCUUGAUGGCGACUCACUAGAUGACGGACGCGGAGACAACGGAGACGGAGACAACGAGGAAGACGGUGCAGUCGAUGGGCCGAAGAUACACGGCUCUGUAUCACUUGCGCGCUGUCCAGUUCGCGGCUUACCGAAUACUCUUGAAGCCCUCAGCAAUAGCAUUAAACACCCUGCGUUGCCAUCAUUGUUGCGCCGAUUUCUGUACGAUCAGCAGAAUCCUGACUCCGAAACACCGGGGGAUGAUGUUCCGCUUCAAGAGUGCCCUGUCGUCAACAGCCGGUCAAGAGUGCGUGUGUACCCAUCAGCCGUGGCAACAUUCUACGCACCGAGCGACAUCUCUGGAGUCGGCGGCAUGCGGCACGAGCGUAUCCGUGCUGUGCCAAGCUGGUACAAUGGCCCAGGUCGAUAUGACUGUGUCUUCGUCGGCACGGAUCCUGCCCAGCAAGGGAUGCGAAGCAUGCAUGCUGCUCGUGUACGGCUCCUCCUCUCCUUCCAACAUGAUGGUACGACCUACCCAUGUGCCGUCAUCGAGUGGUUCACGGCUCCCGACGCUGAGCCAGACAACUGUACAGGUAUGUGGGUCGUUGAACCUGAUCUUAAUGCCAACCUCUCUCGCCAUACGUCCGUUGUACACUUGGAUUCAAUUCUCCGGCUUGCACAUCUCAUACCCGUGUACGGCGACGACUUCCUUCCCUACAAUUUCGAUGCUGCGUAUUCUCUAGAUGCCUUCCGAUCUUACUUUAUCAACAAGUUUGCUGAUCACAAUGCUCACGAGAUAGCAUACUAG